AUGGCUUUCAGACGUCUAUCCCUCACCAGGCUCGUCCUAUUCCUCGUAGUGAUAUUAAUCUUGCUUGCCGUCAACCUAUUGAUGCGGAAACACUGUGACUGCUAUGAGAUCGACCAGAUGGCCCUUAAGAUCCAGGGCUUGAAGCAACAGAUCGGUGUCCAAGAAGAGCAACUCAAGCAACGCAGGAAACAAAGCGACGAUGACGUCGAAGAAGAUAAUCUAUCAUGGGGACCUCAUAAAUUGGCCGUUAUCGUGCCAUUCAGGGAACGUUUUGAAGAACUCAUGGAGUUUGUUCCAUUCAUGCACAAAUUUUUCAAUAUGCAGAAAGUUCGGCAUCAUAUCUACAUCGUAAAUCAGAUGGAUAACUUCAGAUUCAAUAGAGCAGCAUUGAUCAACAUAGGUUUCCUGCAGAGCAAAGAAACGUGUGAUUACAUGGUGAUGCACGACGUUGACCUCCUACCUCGUAACCGUGACCUUAGCUACCAUUAUGACAAGAUUGCCAAAGGUCCUCACCACAUAGCAGCUCCGGAGAUCCAUCCCAGAUACCACUACAAGACCUUUAUAGGGGGUAUACUCAUGCUAAAGAGAGAACACUAUUUAGAGAAUCGGAUUCUCAGAAGUCAAACCAGACAGACAGUUCCAGAUAUUUUUAGUGAAGUUGAUCCUGAAGGAUUUACAGUGAAACAGCUGCCUGACAAAGUUGUGUAG